CUUGACACUCUCUACACUUCUCUUUCAAGAAGAUACAUGACCAACACGCAGUAAAGGGUGGUUAGUUGAGCAUCCUUUGUCGAAAGUUUAUAUUAUGUAUUCAGAAAGUUACACGAAGUAUAUAUGUCAAAAAUACUUUUUGUACGUAUACAUUAUUUUUUUGCUACGCGUGUCCAGCAUACUAUACUCAGCACUACCCACACGUACAUAAUGAAAGAGAUGCAACCGAUGGCACAGCAUACUAUACUCAGCAAUACCCAAGCCUUGUUGGAUGGAAAUUCGAAUGCAGGAUCUUCUUUCACCAACAGUCUGGCUACAUCUUGAUGUUGGCUCCGCACGGCCUUGUGCAGCGCUGUAUCUCCAUUCUCAUCUGUCAUCCUCAUGAGUGUCUCCUUAUGAUGCUCAUCUAUACUAAGUAGCAAGUGGGCUAAUUCGAUGUGACCUUCGUUAUCUGCUAUGUGAAGUGCAGUCUAAUUCUUCUUGUUCUGAUGGCAUAACAAUGCUGGACUAAUCUUAAGGACUUCUUCCACGAAACGGGAGUGGCCAAAAUUUGCCGCCACGUGUAAGAUUGUGUUGCCCGUUGGAGUGAUUUGGUACUCAUUUUCUGCAUCCCUUUUCAGAUAUUCAGAAAGUACGAAAUCACCAUUACUGAUAUUGUCUUCCACCGCAGCAUUGUACAAGGUUGGAUCCAUUUUCGUUUUUUUUAUUUGGUUUCCAGUGAGUUCUUUGCUUUCUCUGGAUGAAAUAUUAUAUAGAAACAUUCUGAACACCACACAGAUCUUUGCAUUCGAUCAAAAGAAAGGUACUUAUUGUUUGCUUUGAUCAGAAGAAAGGAAUUUGAAAAGAAAAAACAUGAAUAAAAACAUCUUUGUCUUGGGAGGUUUAAUAAGUUCUUAAAACUGUUCAUGAUAUUCUUUUAGUUUUGACAUGAAAGCGGAAUAGGAAAACAUCAAAUUCCCUUUCUUGAGAUCAAGGCAAGCACCAGAUCUCUUUCUUCUUUGAAUACAUUAAGAAUCUAAUUAGUUUUUCCUAUAUAUAAUAAUGUUUCAUCAGAGAAAGCAAAGGACUCACAGGAUUGUCAUUGGGAGAUCUUGGAUAAAACUCCAAAUCCAAAAUGGAUCCGACCUUGUAUAAAGCUGCGAUGGGAGGCAAUAUUGGAGAUGCCAAUUUUCUACUUGCUGAUCAUUUGAAAAGGCAUGAAGAAAACGGCUACCAAGUCACUCCAAAGGGUAAUACGGUCCUUCAUGUGGCAGCCCUCUAUGGCCACUCCCAUUUCGCGGCAGAAGUCCUUAAGGUUACUCCGGCAAUGUUACGCUGUCAAAACAAGAAAAAUGAAACCGCUCUUCACAUAGCAGCUAACGAAGGGAACACUGAAGUAGUACGUGUGCUACUUGCACGUAUAGAAGAUCAUAAUAUUAAGAAGAAACUCACGAGGAUGACGGAUGCUAGUGGAGAUACAGCCCUGCACAAGGCCGUGAGGAGCCAACAUCUAGAUGUGGUUAAGCUCUUGGUGAAAGAAGAUUCUGAAUUUGAAUUUCCGCCUAAUCAUGCGCAAGAGACGCCACUGUAUCUGGCGGCUGAAUCUGGUUUUCAUGAUGCUUUGAUUAUCAUCUUGGAAUCCUGCAAGAAACCAACUAACGCUGCAGGUCCAUCUAAUAGAACGCCGCUGCAUGCAGCAGUAAUUCAGGAACAUAAAGAUUGCAUUAGAUCACUCUGGCGAUGGAAUAAGCCUUUAUGCGAGGAACCUGACUUAUGGGGUUGGAAUUCACUGCACUAUGCUGUUAAAUUAGGAAUGGAAGACGUAGUUUCUGAUAUGCUGGCGUGGAAAAAAUCCUUAGUGUACCUUCCGGCAGGCAGUGAAAAUGACUGGACGACAGCAAUUCUCAUUGCAGCCAGUGAAGGUGACGUAAACAUGAUAAAGAAGCUUUUAAAUCACUGCCCUGAUUGUCACGAUAUGCUUAACAGCAACAGUCAAAAUGCUCUUCAUGUUUCCGUAUUGAACAAUCAAGACGAGGUAGUCCGCUUCUUAUUAGACUCUGAUAAGUGCGACAGCCUUGUUGAUGAACCAGAUAGCGACGGCAACACUCCUCUCCAUUUGCUUGCUGCCUCUGGUAACCAUGUGCCUGAAUUAAUAAACCAUCCUAGAGCAAAGAAGAUGUCAUUUAACAAAGAAAACCAGACUCCACUUGAUAUAGCAUUGUCAUGCAAAGCGACAACAAAGAAGAUCCGCGAAGAGCAUAUGUUGAGUAAAGGGAAAAGGAGCAACGUUCGCCAGUCUCAUGGGGCAAUGGGAGCCAACGAGCGCCAUUAUUGUUUUGAUUGCAUUAGAUCACUAUGGCGAUGGAAUAAGCCUUUAUGCGAGGAACCAGACUUAUGGUGUUGGAAUUCACUGCACUAUGCUGUUAAAUUAGGAAUGGAAGACGUAGUUUCUGAUAUUCUGGCAUGGAAAAAAUCCUUAGUGUACCUUCCGGCAGGCAGUGAAAAUGAUUGGACGACAGCAAUUCACAUUGCAGCAAGUGAAGGUGACGUAAACAUGAUAAAGAAGCUAUUAAAUCACUGCCCUGAUUGUCGCGAUAUUCUUAACAGCAACAAUCAAAACGCUCUUCAUGUUGCCGUAUUUUUCAAUCAAAAUGAGUUAAUCUGCUUCUUAUUAGACUAUGAUGAGUACGACAGCCUUGUUGAUGAGCCAGAUAGUGACGGAAACACUCCUCUCCAUUUGCUUGCUGCCUCUGGUAACCAUGUGCCUGAAUUAAUAAACCAUCCUAGAGCAAAGAAGAUGUCAUUUAACAAACAAAACCAGACCCCACUUGACAUAGCAUUAUCACGCAUAGUGACAACAGAGAAGGAGAAAUUGGUGCGGGAUUUGUGUAGCAUCGGCCGAUUUGGAAAACGUGACUUAGAGGUAAAGCGUAAGUGUGAGUACAUGCCACUGACGAAAGAUGAUCGCGAUAAAGCUGAAAAGGCAUAUCAAACAGCAGUCGAAGGAAUUAUGAAGGUAGCUCAAAUCCAUAUUGUUGUGGCCCACUUUAAUAAUGACAGUCACUUUCGCCGCUGGUAUCACAUUGCCAGGAGGUUUUGAGAGCGACCCCGGUAGCUCUAAUCAAGGGAUGGCGAUUCUAAUAAGGAAAACAGCAUUUCGUACAUUUGUUGUUUCCGAUGCGAUUGCCUUCACAUUCUUAGCUUUUGCUAUAUUUAUCUAUUUCAUCAUGGCAGGUCAUAGCAGAUUUCCUCAACGUAAAAAAAUUGUAAUUAAGUUUUUUAAUCUCGCCGGUUUUUGUCUGUGCAUUUCAAUGUUAGCAGUUGUAAUUGCAUUCGCAAUGGGUAUGUUUGCUACUUUAUCACAUUCACUUGGUCUUGCUGUUACUGUCUAUUUCAUAGGUUGCCUCACUAUUUUAUUGUACUUCUUGGUUCUUAUUUAUAUAGAUAGGAGUCUAGUGAGACAUGAAUAGCUAGCUACUACUUGUACUUAUUGCUUGCAGAUAUAUAAUUCAACUACAUAUUUCAGUUUUUACCCAAUGCCUUGAAUUACAUAUGAAAGAUAAGGUUUUUUAGUCCAUUACAUGUUAUUUUCUUCUAUUCAAAUUAUAAGUUGUCGCAGGAGAUCAUUUUUUACAAUGCUAUAGACCCAAUGUACAUUCUCUAAAUAAUCUAUGGUACAACAACAACAAUAUACGCAGUUAAAACUCCGCAUGUGGAGUUUGAG